UGCAAGACUCGCCUUCCUUUCUGUGAAAUCAGCUGCGCCUGCGUACUCUUAUUUGUUCUUAUUCUCUUUUUAAAAGAAGGAAUAGUUUUGAAAUGACCUACCAACAUUAUCGGUCAACAACCUUGGGCAAUACGCUUCAGGAGACUCUGGAUGAGAUGCUCCAGAGCGGCCAGAUAACCCCCAAUUUGACCGAAUUGGUUUUGGCCCAAUAUGACAAGAGCAUCAACGAGGCUUUGAAGACCAAGGUCAAGGCUAAGGUCAACUUCUCGGCCGGAAAAUUCGUUACCUAUAGACUCUGCGACAACGUGUGGCGCUUGGACCUCCAGAAUGUGGAGUUUCGCGAGGGUCAGGAGGUCGUCUUGAAAGUAGAUGCGGUUAAAGUUGUGGCCUGCAUGGGCACCAGGGAUUAAAGGGUAUUA